GGGAGGAUGACAGCCGCCUCUCCGUUGUCGCGGUGAGGGAUGGCCUGGUGCAGUCCUGGAAUCUUCUCAAUCCAGACAAAGAGGUCCACCCUGGGCAUUGCAUAGUAGAAGUCAACGGAUUCCGGGGCACUCCCGAACAGUUGAAGGCUUGCUGUCGUUUUCAAAGCGAGUUGCAGAUUCGCCUCCGCCGGAAUGAAGAUGAGGUGGGUCAGUGGUGGCCGGAGUCGUUACCCGUGCCUGACCAGCCGGCAGAGCCCAGCGCUCCUUCACGAAUAAGGCGCGCGGACAAGCGCCUCAUACAGCUUCCUCAAAGCACAUGGAUGCGCGUUGGUUGGUUCCUGUACACCAAUGAGUUGCUUGGGAAAGUUGCGACGCUUAGCAGCUCCUUCGCUGCUUUGCUGGGGGACGAGCGCAGUUGGCAGACAUUAGCCCUUCGCGAGGGGGCGAGCGACGCCACAGAGAGACUUCUGAAGCUGAUGCUUGUGGAGGAGCAGGAGCUGUGGAGUUGGCCAUUAUGUCAGGUGCGGUUGGUCGAUCUUGACCUAUCUGAAACCAGCCCCAAGGCCCUCAGCCACCUCUGGACCCUGGCACUGCGCAAGCUGGACUUGGAGGAGAAUCUCUGUUCGCUGCGCUUGCGCAACAUCCCCGUGGCGGUGAAGCCUUCCGAGGAAGAGAUGUCAGAAUGGGACCGCGAGCUCAUACGCUUGGUAAAUCCGGUGCACCCGAAGUUUCCAGCUGGCAGCUGCUCAAACUUCCUGAUCACCGGCGAGCUCGGAGAGCUCAGGCGGAGAUACAAGGACUUCGGCUAUUUCAGCGUCAAACCCUCACGCGAUUCUGCUGGCAAUGUCCGCCGCGCCAUUGACGUUAUUGCCGAGCGGGGGCUUGCGGAUACGCCCUGGUCCAAGCGUCGGUACCAGGCGCCUGGAUGCGAGGAUAUCUCGCAGCAAGCAGCAUACAUCGUUGACCAGGAGCUGGGGCAACUAAGAGAGCUGCCGAAAGCCAACAUUCUGGUGACAGAUAAUUUCGACAGUUGGGCCGAGCGCAUGGCAAAGACCUACAAACGGAUGUUAAUUUCCAUGCCAGAGCCCGAUGCACUUGCAUAG